UUCUCCUCAGUAGAUCGUUCUCUCCCACAAGAACCAUGUACACAUUCCUGCUGCCCCUUGCGGCUGUGAUCUCGACGACGGUAGCGGCAUCCAACUACACCCUCCUCAACACCUGGCCCGGCGGUUUCCAGGCGGAACUAUGCAUCACCAACAAGAUGAACGUCGUCUGUGGCUGGAGAGUCGCCAUAGAUUUCAAUCCCAAACUGUCUGUGCUGGAUAUUUGGAAUGUGCGGAGGGUAGACCGUAUUGACAUGACUAAAAGGAAAGAGCGGUAUAUUGUGGAGAGUUUCAGCUACAAUCAAGUCCUCAAGAAGAAUGAAGAUCUCUGCCUUGGCUUUGUAGCCAGGUACAGCAAUAACCAAAUGCCUAAUAUCAGGAAACUGAAAGGAAAAUUCUUGUACCGCUGUAAGGUUCCUACCACACCUGCUCCUGCAACAACGUCGGCUAUUACCUCUGGUACUACUACACCAUUGAAGGCAUCACCAACUACACCAACAACCACACCUUCGGAAACAACAUCAACACCUAGUGACACAACGCAAUCAACUUCGGCGACAACGUCUGGCACAACAUCGACGUCACAGACAACACCAACGACGUCACAGAUAACACCAACGACGUCACAGACAACACCAACGACGUCACAGACAACACCAACGACGUCACAGACAACACCAACGACGUCACAGACAACACCAACGACGUCACGAACAACACCAACGACGUCACAGACAACACCAGCGACGUCACAGACAACACCAACGACGUUACAAACAACGUCACAGUCAACAACACAGGCCCCACAAGCACUAUGUAUAGCCGAGUCGACCUCUUAG